UGCUUUUAAACCUCUGGUCGCUCUCCCACUGCUGACUUCCAGCAGGACAGUCACUGUGAUCUGCAGACUUGUGAGAAAGUGAGAAGAGUCUUUCGGCCAUCAUGGAUGACGACUUUGACCGCCGCAUGGAGCUGAGGAGGCAGCGGAGAGAGCAGAUGCGCCUCGAGGCUGAAAAGGUGGGUUGCACCAACGAUGAUGAGGAGGAAGAAGCUCGGGAGCGAAGGAGACGUGCAAGGGAAGAGAGAAGGAAGAUGAGGGAAUUAGAGGAGUCUGGUACCACUGAUGUGAUCAACACUAAUAGCGUGAUGGAGACGGAGUCCUCCUCCACCACCAGCUUUGGAGGUGCAGAUGAUGACCAGGCUCUGCUGGAGCGCCUGGCCAAGAGGGAGGAGCGAAGGCAGAAGAGAAUGAAGGAGGCCAUGGAGAGACAGAAGGAAUCUGACCCCAACAACAGCACAGACAGCACGCUAGAAGAGCAGCCCUCCACCGCCAGCAACAUACAGCAACACACAGAGGAAGAGGAGGAGAAGGAGGAAAAACCUGCCCAGAAAGAGGUGGCAGAGAUGGAUACAAACUCCUGUAUGAAAGAGGAAGAAGACAAGAAGGAAGAAGAGACGGAACAUAUUGAGGAAUCAAGAACAUCAGCCACAAGAAAUGAGGAGGAGAAUGAGGAUGCAACAAUGGAAGUAGAGGUCGAUCUAGGAAAGAAAGGUGCUGAUGAAGAAGCUGUUCCUGAUGUUAACAAGGAAGAAGAAGAGUGGAAAAGUAAAGAAGAAGAGGACAGACAGCAAAAAGAAAUGGAAAAAAAGCUUAGGAGAGAGGAGGAGGAGAGGCAAAAAUGGGAAAUGGGGGACAAGCUAAAAAGGGAAGAAGAAGAAAGGCAGGAAGAGGAAAGGAAGAAGAGGGAAGAAGAGGAACAACAACAAAAUGAAAUGGAAGAAAAGAAAAAGAAAGAGGAGGUAUUUACAGAGGAGAAGCCGAAGAGAUUUGGCUUCAAGGAAAAGAAUGAACCAGCCAAACAAAAUGGAGCUUUCACUGAGAAACUUAAGAAAACAGAGACAUCAAGGGACAACAUUACUUCCACAAAGGCAGCUGAUGUGGAGCGACAGGAGGCCGAGCGUAAGCUGCAGGAGCUGAAGCGCAGACGAAACGAUGCAGAAAGUGAGGAGUUUGAGAAGAUGAAGCAGAAGCAGCAGGGCGCUGAGGCCGAGCUGGAGGAGCUGAAGAGGAAGAGAGAGGAGAGGAAGAAGAUCCUGGAGGAGGAAGAGCAACGGAGGAAACAGGAGAUAGAGAACAAGAAAGCCAAAGAACAGGAGGAGAGGAAGAGGAUGAGGGAGGAGAUAGAGAAGAGGAGAGCAGAGGCUGCAGAGAAGAAGAAACAGAAGGAGGAAGAGUCCACAAAACCUGUCUUUACUAUCAGUCCCAAAGGCUCCACAAAGAUUGGGGAAAAGGCUGAAUUCUUGAGCAAAUCAACCCAAAAAAGCACUGCAGCCAGAGUGUCACACACUCCUAUUGUCUCCAAGAUAGGAAACAGACUGGAACAGUACACUUCUGCCAUCCAGGGAAACAAAGAAACUAAAUCCCCCAAGUCUCCAGUGGCAGAUAUUCCUACAGGAGGAACACGCAACAUCAAAAACAUGUGGGAAAAAGGCAAUGUCGGCACCUCCUCUGAGAGUCCAGCCCCUGUCAACAAGGAUGUGGCUACCAUCAAAGGAGGUGUGAGUGGACGUAUAAACAGCUGGAUGGCAAAGCCUGCAGAGGCAGAGAAGACAACACCAGCACCCACACCUGCACCAGCUACAGCAGUAUCACCAGCAGCAGCAAAGCCAGCAGAUGUGAAACCAGGAGAUGCUGCAAACAAGCGCAGCAUGUGGGAAACCAAGAAGAGCCCUGCACCUGCCAAGGUGGCAGUUGGAGCCAAGAGCAAGUUUGUCACAAACGCAGGUGUAAGACGUUAAACACUGACAUCUCCAUCUAAAUAAAACCUUACCUGACCAAACACAAGGCUCUGCUACUGUAUGUGCAUUCAUUUCCAUGCAUGAGAUUCACUCCAAGAAUGAGGAAAAGAUGCAGGAAGAGGACGAGUAACUGUAGAGGAUUCCAGCGUCAAAAUCCUCCGGCUAUGUUUUUAUGAGUUCCUUUUGCACUGUCCACAUAUGAAAGUAUAAAAAUAUUCAUGUUUCCAUCAGACAUGACUUGAAAUGUCAAUGUAGACGUCAUGUCUGAUGGGGGUUUUCAGGCCAAAGAACCACAUAUUAAAUGCUUAAUUACUAAUGGAUUGUGUUGUAUCCAUUUCUUUUAAAACAAAGUUAAUGUGUCCCAUUCACAAUAAGAGCUUUAGCUAAUGCCAGGAUGUACAGUAGUGUCCACUGUAACAACUACUCAGUGAACAAAUGCAGUUCUAUUUAACAGCUAACAUCAGUUUACAUCCUCCUGAUUUGCAGGUUUAUUUGCAUUGCAACGCGAUAAAGGUUUGCAAGACAGCUGCAUUAUACACUCUGUUUUACCAAUGCCUGUAAUAAACAUUAAUGUACCCUGGUGUUUGUCAGUCAGCAGUGCACAUGUGCUGAAUCUUUCCAAACUGUAUUUGAGUCUUCCAGUAUUGUUGAGGUGUCUUGCAUUUGUUUGGAUGUUUAAAAUUAUUGUUUGUACUUGCUUCAG